AUGACAAAACUACUGCUCUGCGCCAAUUCUUACUUACUUGUCACUCCAAGUGGUGGUGAUAACAAUGCGAUUAAUGUCGUUGCUCAUGCAUUUUCGUGUCCAGUAAAUUUCCUGGAGAAUUACCGGAUCUGUAUCAUUCUUACUACGGUUACACUGCUUUUAGCCUCGUGGAGUCCUCUGUGUCCUGAGCUAGGGUUACCUCUUCUUGCAGCUUCAGGAAUCUGA